CCUUUCUUCCUGCCAUACAAAUCAUACACCGAAAAACAACCUUUUUUAUCGCCACCCCCGCCAAUUCUCUUUAUUUGUUACUAAUUUCAAAAUUGACGACAUCUCAUGAGCGCCGUAUUUGAAUUUGACGACGACGACUUGACGGACGUGUGCCAGAACAGCAAGACAGACGAUCUUAGUCAUGUUGAUUCAGACCAUGUCGAGAGUGGUUACUCUUCAGAAACCGAUGCGGCCGAACCCACACCUGUCUAUGCUGACGAGAAAACGUACGAAGUCUCUUUGAGUGAAAACUUUAUCUCCUCCUCUGUCAAACAAACGGUCGUUGACAGCAAGAAGAAGAUCGGAAAAGACGAUUUCGAAAUAUUGAAACUUCUCGGUCGUGGAGCAUUUGGCAAAGUCAUGUUAUGCCGUCACCGUUCUACCGGAGAACUGUAUGCGAUGAAAGUAUUGAAAAAAGCGUCCCUGUUGGUCCAUGCUAAAAAUGCCGAACACACCAAAGCCGAACGCCAGAUCCUUGAAGAAAUGCGCCAUCCGUUCAUCGUUCAAUUGAUGUAUGCUUUCCAAACAGACGAUCGAUUAUAUUUAAUCCUCAAGUAUGCUCCAGGCGGCGAACUGUUCACUCACAUGGCCACAGAGCAUAUGUUUAGCGAAGAUGUCGCACGAUUUUAUCUUGCCGAGUUAUUGCUGGCAUUGGAACAUGUGCACAGUUUGGGCAUUGUUUAUCGUGAUUUGAAGCCGGAAAACUGCUUGUUGGAUGGUCAGGGACAUAUCCUGUUGACUGAUUUUGGUCUGUCCAAAGUCUCCCUCGAUGGUCGAACCAGUACCAUUUGUGGUACCGCCGAAUAUAUGGCUCCAGGUAGGGCUUUUGUGUGACCGAAUUAGCUCCGGGGUAGAUGUGUGUA